AUCAUUUCCAAAUUCCUGAGCAUGCUCGUGUCGUAGGUUGAAAUUCUCGGAGGAUUCCACGAAGAUGAUACCCUGCCUGCAUCGAAUGCCGGAUGUUCCUCAAAAAGCCAGACUUGACUGCUGGCUCCCGCCCGACGCUCGCCGAAGAUGAGGCCUUACUCGUGGUUCAAGAUGGCGUUGGAUUAUAUGAAGGGGAUUACAAGAUCGCUAGCUGUCAGAAAGGACAUGCUUAUCUGACUUCUCAUCGCGCGUGUUAUGUUGAUGAUACAGACCCUCGAAACAAUUCGUGGGCUGUUGAUCUGAAACAUGUUGAGAGACAUGAUUUUCAGGCUAGAUUCCUCAAGUCUUCACCAAAAAUCACAUUGUACCCGAAACCAUUAAAACGUGGGUUCGGCAGUAUAACUAGACCAGGCGUAUCGCAAUCGCCACAUUUCCAAAGGGUCGCAUCGGCAUCCUCACCAACAUCCCGAUCAACGAGCCCAUUUCGCCCGUCGGCUCUACCAACGCCGUCUUUACCUGUUGUGGUUGGGACCUGGGUGUGCCCCAUUUGCUCGUUUUCUAAUCCUGUGCCAUCCAACUUUGACCCUACCAUUGCCACGGAAGCUUUUCCGUUACCACCUUGUCUUGCCUGUGGCAUCAAACCUCCAUUUGCUUUGGUACUCAAGGCCGCCAUCGCUGCGAAUGCCAAACGUAUUCCCGAGGCUGAGCGUUUAUCCAGCAGCGCCCGAACCUCGAACAGCGUGAGGGCGACUGGGUCCGGCGCCACUCACGACGAUGACAGCGUUUCUGCCGACGUAACAUGCCCUCGGUGUACGUUCCACAAUCAUCCAGGGAUGCGAAUAUGUGAACUAUGUUCAUGCUCUCUCCCAGUCCCAAGUUCCCUUCAGCGAGUGGCUCUCGAGGACUCUAUCCCGCGAUCCGAGUCUCCUGGGCCAGAGAUAUCUGGUUUGUCCCUAGAAGAGGAGCAUGAGCCUCUCAGUGUGAAGUUUUCUUUCCGAAAUGGUGGCGACCGAGUGUUCUACGAGCGACUGAAGAAUGCAUUGAUACAACGCAAAUGGCUAUUGCAGCGCGCACCACCCAUACCCCGAGCAGACAAUGAUCGUUCUCCGACGCCGCUUGGAACUGGAAGCCCUGUGGCAUCUAGUGAACGCCGUGCGGCAGGUAUUGCUGGUCUAGAACAGCGUGGUUUGCAGACACGGCGAAUCAAUGAAGCAGUCCUGGGUAAUGCAUUCGAGGACCUGGAAGCCUUGAUGGCUUCUGCAAAGGAUAUCGUAGCUCUUGCUGAACGGUUUGCGAUCGAAGCAGGGACAGAGAUGGGUCUCCCAGGAGCUGCAACUGAUCCUCUUCUGUCGCAGUCUGCGGCUGCUCUUGGCAUGACCACAACCAAAGAUAUCCUCGGAGACAGUUCCAACACACUCUACAUCUCUGAGCUGGCACGGAAUCUUGCCGAGUAUGCUACAGAUGAUAGGAGGGGCAUCUUGAGAAACCAGGGAGGCACAAUGAGUCUGGUGGACUUCUGGGCCGUAUUCAACAGGAGUCAGAACGGUGUUGAGUUGAUCAGCCCUGCCGACUUCCAAAAAGCCGCCGAAGCAUGGGAAAGACUGGGGUUGCCACUCAAGCUGCGAAGAUUCAAAAGCGGGCUGUUAGCCGUGCAGCGGCACGAUGCCAGCGAUGAGAAGACUAUUAAGCAGCUGAAAGAUUGGCUUGACUCAUUGCGGGCAUCUGUACCAGAGCAGGUUCCAUUGUGGGAUUGGUCGACUCACGGGUUUGGAGUGACCGCUCAGCAAGCAGCUGCAAAGUUCGGAUGGAGCCUAGGGGUUGCGGUAGAAGAACUGGAGAUGGCUGAAGAGAGAGGAGCACUGUGCCGGGAGGAGGGUGUGGAAGGACUCAAAUUCUGGCUCAACUUCCUGCUCGAGAAUGAAUGAUUUAGCUGUACAUACCGGACACCAUGUGUUUUGAGUACUUGGUAACAGGACAGCCGAUCGCCC